AACAAAAUUACAAUACAAAAGAAGAAAAUGUUUUAUGCUUAUUUAUCAAUAACUUACAUUAUUAAAGAAAUCGUGCGUUUCAUUGGUAAAAACUCCUUUGGUGAUUAGCAGUAAUACUUCUAAAAUAGCAUUAUAAAAUAUAGAAAAUUCGUUUGCUGUAAUCACUUCUACAUAGUGCACAAAUAAAGUGAAAUAUUUUUUGUUAAAAAAUUUAACGUUGUAAAAAUUACGUACCUAUCUAUAUGCAAUGACUUCAAGCGAUAAAAUACCUUUGAAGCAGGCUGAGGUUUCGGUUCGUCGAUUUAACGACCUUGCUAUUCCUCAUCACUUGGGCUUACUCAAAAAUCAUCGUAGCAAUAUAGAGAAAAGCCUUGCGCUGGGUGACUGGAACAAAAUUAAGAAGGAAGAGAUAAAUGCAACUCGCGUUAUUAAACAAAUAAAAAAUUUGUUGUUGGAGAUGGAUGUAUUGCGAGAGAAAGUUCGACCAGAGGAUCUUAAACGAUUCGACAGCAUGAUGGAAGAAGGAAAAAAUAAAGCCUUUCAAGGCAUGAGCGAAUAUUUAGAGCUCAAAUUGAAAACACCAGCUUAUAAUAAGUACUCUGAAUCUAUGAUAAACUUUGAAGAGGACGAAACGACACAUCCAGUAGAAAUCGGAUCAACGAUGGCUCAUCGGCAAGUUCUGCCUGCGAUAGAGGCGAAUUUCGAACAACAGGAAUACCAGUUGCAACAACGACAAGCAUGUCUAGAUGAAUUGGAACAAUUGCAAAACGAAAUACGCGAUCUGAAUGGAAUGUUCCGUAACGUGCAUAAUAUUGUUCACGAGCAAGGAGAAAGUGUGCGAGUAAUUGCUGAUAAUGCAGAGGAAGCGCUUGAGCAAGUGCAAAUUGGUGAAAGUAAUUUGAGGAGAGCACUAACAUAUAAAAAAGCAAUGUAUCCAGUGAUGGGAGCAUUGAUAGGAACAUGUGUGGGUGGGCCUAUUGGAUUAGUAGCCGGUUUGAAAGCAGGAGGACUUGCGGCCGUAGGAUGUGGGUUGCUGGGUUUUACAGGAGGUUCUGUUCUAAAGAAUAACCCAUCAGCUAAUCCGGUUGUAAUGCAAGGUAAUAUUGAAGAAGAAAGUUCUCAAGAUACUAUAGAAAUGGAAAAAACAAACGAAUGACGUUUAGAAUCAGUUGAUGCCACGAAAAAUCGAAUGGUAGAAACUCGUCAACUAUCGCAACUGUCUGCAGGCAGAAAUAGGCGAUUAGAUCCGGUAGCACAAGCUACCGCAGGUGUGAUAUGUAGCGUACGCAAUUACUGUUCUAUACAAUAAAGACUUAUUUAGUUUUAGUUUGUAUGUUUUAAUAUAUAUUGUGAAUUUUUUAAGUUUUGACUAAUCAUAUUUUUAUUAAAUAUCUAUAUUCAAAAAUAAAAACGCAAUUGCAGUUUCCCUUCAUGGCUGCCAAUG